AUGACCCAAGAUACCCUCAAGAAAGAGUCCGUCGAAGUCUCCUCAGUCGAGAAGACCAGCACUCUCCCAAAGGCGCCAAUGAAGUUCGCAACUCGAGCUGUUCAUGCCGGUUCGCCACACGACCCGGUUACCGGGGCUGUCAUUGAACCUAUCUCCUUAUCUACCACAUUUGCCCAGACUGCUGUCGGAGCUCCUGUUGGCGUAUACGAGUACUCGCGCUCUGACAAUCCGAACCGCUCUAAUUUCGAAAAGGCAGUUGCUUCCCUCGAAGACGCACGUUAUGCCCUUGCAUAUUCUUCAGGCUCUGCCGCCACUGCAAACAUCCUCCAAUCCCUUGCCCCCGGUUCCCACGUGAUCUCGGUCAGCGAUGUCUACGGUGGUACCCAUCGGUACUUCACACAGGUCGCAGCUGCUCAUGGUAUUGCCGUGACAUUCUCCGGCAGCAUUGAAGUCGAUAUCAAUGAUCUUGUCAGGCCGGAGACCAAGCUCGUUUGGAUCGAGACACCUUCCAAUCCUACUUUGACAUUGGUUGAUAUCCGUGCUGUCGCUGAAGCUGCACAUUCUUAUGGUAUUAAGGUUGUUGUUGAUAACACCUUCAUGAGCCCAUAUGUGCAGAAUCCAUUGAAACAUGGUGCCGAUAUUGUUGUGCACUCGGUUACAAAAUACAUCAACGGACAUUCGGAUGUUGUUAUGGGUGUUGCUGCUUUCAACGAUGAUACCAUUUACACUCGUCUUCUGUUCCUUCAAAACGCCAUUGGUGCUGUCCCAUCACCUUUCGACAGCUGGCUCGCCCAUAGAGGUCUCAAGACCCUUCACCUUCGAGCUAAGGCUGCUACCGAAAAUGCCACUGCUGUUGCCACGGCUCUAGAAGCUUCUUCUCAGGUCAUCGCCGUCAAUUACCCUGGCCUCAACUCUCACCCACAAAGAUACAUUGCUAUCAAGCAACAUCGAAACGGAAUGGGAGGUGGAAUGGUCAGCUUCAGAAUCAAGGGUGGUGCCGAAGCCGCCAAGAGGUUCUGUCAAAAGACAAAUAUCUUCACACUUGCCGAAUCUCUCGGUGGUGUUGAGAGUUUGUGCGAGGUCCCAUCUAGCAUGACCCAUGCUGGUAUCCCACGGGCCGAAAGAGAGGCAGCUGGUGUAUUCGACGAUUUGGUUAGAUUGAGCUGUGGUGUUGAAGACAGCGAAGAUCUUGUUGCUGAUGUGUUGAACGCCCUGGAGGUUGUCGCCCAGGAGUUCCCAUCCAAGCAGUAA